CUCCCUUUCUUAUGUCUUUGACAGUAGCAUCAUCUCUUUCCACUUCUCAUUCUCCAAAGCAUUACCCGAGAGCUCUGGAACCCGAGAAGAUAACACGAGAGCAUGCCACAGAUUUCUCUGGAUCUUCCGACGCAUCUUAUUGAUGUCCCGGCUGGUCGCAGUAGUGAACGCUACUACAUUCCCAUAUAUAAUGUAAACGAUUUCUGAGAGCGAUUCCUAUACCUAUGCUCCGCCACAGUGCCUCAAAUCACUUACAAACUAUCAGAUUCCCUUUGGCGGUGCACGAGAGCUCAUAAGUUACUGGUUACAAGACUGUGGCGUUAUAGAUUGGCAAUUUCACAAUGACGCCCGCUCAGGAUGGAUUUGUUUCGAGUACGAGAGGGACUUUGGAAUUGCACUUGAGAUUCUACAAGAAGCGAAGCAACUUCACCCAAAGCUGGAAUACUCAGCCGUCAACAAGCUGAGGAGCAUCAAGCUCGAGGUUAUAGAUUGCACGUUGACCCAGCCCAGGUUUGCCAGGAUAUACUCUAGCCACGUCAAAGGGUCACUGCGACGUUGGGACGAUCUGAUCGACUGGAUCAGGUUGGACCUACCCAAAGCUAAGGUGGACAGGAUGCAGAAAAUAUUGUUGACAGGGUUAUCGUCCCGUCCAAACAUCCAUGAACUCAAUCGCUGGAUGUGUUCGAAACUCGGAUCAGACUGCCUGCUGAUUGUUGCCUCACGCAUCGCCCGGAUAGGCAUGUGCCGCGCGCUGGUCUUUGUCUGUACGCUCGCCAUGGUGAAGGGCUUGUCCGAGGAUAGAAUAUACAAUUGUCUCGAAGGAGUGAUGUUCGGCAAUGAGACCGUGAGAAUUCUGGUUGAGCGGUCUGAUGGCCAGGCUAGUGCAACGGAGUGCCAACAAGAGGCGGCACCUCUGGUUGUGCUGGGAUCGUCGAGACUGCCACCUCACUGGCCUAGUAUAGUGUCCAAAUGGAAUCACAGCAUGGAGAAGAUAGACGAGGAUACUACUUAGGAACACUCGAUGCAUAGUGUGCCGCACCUUGAUGUCCGGUGUUAGGGCGAAGCCUUUUC